AUGUUUGGACCAACUACUUGCAAUCAAAAACCUUUCCAUGGUGUCGCAUGGAACUCAUCGAUUCUUCCGCAUAUCUGCCUCGAACGAAUCACUUUUGUCGUAAUGUUCAAUGGCUCGUGGAAAGACAGGAAUCAUCAUCGAAAACGAGGCAAAUCACAUUUCUUCCACGUCUGGAAGCCGGAGCCAAACGAAUCCGUACAAAACGGAAGCAAUACAGUGAAAAAGAGAAUGUCCUGCUCAAGGGAGGUGGAGAUAGCGUUGAGAUAUCUUCAGCAAGUGAUCUCGUCACAAAGUCCACAUUUGAUAUUGAAUAGCACUUCGGCUGUAUUUGAUGCCGUGUCAGUUAAUUGCAACAAUAAAGAUAAGCGAUUACAGGCUGCACUUGUUCAGUUACUACGAUGUACCGAUAGGGAAUGUGUGAAAGCGGAUGCACAACCCAAAGCUCAAGAAAUACGAAAUGCAGUCGAACAACUUUCUGAGGCCGUCAAAAGCUGCUCAGCGGCAGCUCCGAACGCUAGCGUAAGCGGUACGGAAACGCCCCCUCCAGACUUCAACACGGGACAAGACACAAAUCAUAAAGCUGAGUCUGAUGUACAGGAAGAAGACAAUGUAAAGUCCACCCUAGAAGAGGAACGCACCCUUGAUGAUUUGCUAAAUAAACUGAAUUUGAGGAAAGUGCCGAAAUUUUCGCCUACUUUCCCAGAUUUGGAUACAGCUGAGUCAGAUGACGAUUAUGGAGUGACAACAGAUGAAAGAAAAGAGGAAAGAGAGGAGAAACAUGGGCAAAAGCUCUGCGAAGAGGAAGUACAGAAAAUGCCAGAUGGUUCGGAAGUACGUGUCAAGAAAACCAGAACAGUUAAUGUGCAACAAAGUCGAAAACAUGUAACCAUAUCAAGUCGUGGUGGUGGUUGUCCUGGAAUCACUCGGCAUUUCACCGACGGCAAAAGUGCGAUGCAGGAGGACGAGGAAGAGGAAGAAAGUGAUUUCUUCAAAAGGGAUCCCUUUGAUAGGUUCCGAAGGAGACAUGCGCCUGAUAUAGAAUCGCUUGAAUUAGUUUCUGCAACGCCUGGGGCUGGACAGUCCAUGAAGACCAAGAGCGUUGAGCGAACUAGUGAAGUAACACAAUCAGUCAGUGAACGAAAAGAACGCGAUGGACGAGUUUUACGCGAAAAUGCAGCUCAAAAACUCGACAGCUCUGCGCUAACUGCUCGCCAGACGGAUACAUAUCAGGGCUCACAUUUGCUCGAUCGAAAAGGGGAGGGCACAUAUGAAGAGAGCUGCGUUGUGCGCGGUGGGCCGCUUGCUCUUGGACCACAACCUGUUCUUCCACCACGGAAGCAUGUUAUAGAAUACAUGCAGACGUUUGGCAAUAAAGAGAACACAGACGUGGACUUUUUCCGUGGAACGGCACUCUCAUCCUACAUCACUCUAAAUGACAAUUUGCGAUAUCACGAAGAACAGUUUCGAAAAAAGCUACAAUUCGAGUUUUCCACAGCAGGAACAUCCAGAGUAACUCCAGAUUUUACAAACCUAGCCGACCUCCUUCAAGAUGCUGAGUUUGGACAAUUCAAACUCCCCUCCAAAUGGGCAGAGGAAGAAAAAGAGGAUGACCACGCCCCUCGCCAAGCGAUUGAUUGGUUGGAGCGGCGCGCAAUCGCGAAUGUACCGGAAACAAUCUGUACCUUAGAUGCAUCCGAAUAUCUUGUAAUGCGAGCAAAAGAAGACACGUCGAAACCUCCAGAGGUUCGAGGGGGUCCACGAGAUGCGCUAAUUGUGCAUGCAACUGAGCAUAACUCCUCUGUACUUUUUCAAGAAGCAUUCCUUGUCACUUAUCGAACGUUUAUAUCGUCACAUGAUCUCAUUAACAAACUCAUUACAAGAUACGUGUAUAUGUCCAUGUCGGGAGAUCGAGCAUCGCAAUCAGCAGCUCGGCUAACAUUUUCUGUCCUAGUACGAGUAGUGGAUGAGCUCACAAAUUAUGAGUUAAGUGAAGCACUCGUACACACAGUCACCUCAUUCGUCUAUCGCCUUAUACAUGAGGGAAACCUUAUAUUUGCCCGUUUGCUCAGAAAACGAUUGUUGGAUCGGAUUAUCACUCCAAAGCCACCACCAGCAACCGUAUCGAAGUUGACUCCACCUCGAAAGCCUUAUACACUUUUCGACUUCCGAUCAGCAGAUAUCGCUUGUCAGAUGACUUAUAUUGAUUCCCAUCUGUUCCAUCUUAUUGAGCCGGCCGAACUCCUGUGGUGGGCCCAAGAGCAGGACGAAGUGAAGAGCCCAAACUUGGUAGCAUUCACUGAACAUUUCAACAAUGUAUCAUUCUGGGUGCGAACCCUUGUGAUCACACCGUCCACUCCAAAGGAAAGGGAAAAGUAUAUGCUGAAAUUCAUAAAGAUUAUGAAACAAUUACGCCGAUUAGGCAACUUCAACUCCUAUCUUGCCCUAUUAUCCGCACUCGUCUCAAGUCCUCUGGCCCGUUUGGACUGGAGCAAAGCGGUGACCGAUGCCCUGAGGGAACACGCUGAAGUGAUGGAUACGGCCCAUUCAUAUAAGAAUUACCGAGUUUUGCUACAACAAGCUACACCACCCACUGUUCCAUACAUUGGCGUUGUUUUGCAAGAUUUAACGUUUGUGCAUGCUGGAAACGCUGAUAAGCUGCCAGCUGAUCGAUGUGGUGGACGUCGUGGAUUAAUCAACUUCUUGAAAAGAUGGCAUCAAUACGCCAUUUUGGAUAGCAUCAGGAAACUGAAACGAUGGAACUACGACAUCACUAGAGACGAGAAGGUGCUUUGCUUCUUCGAUUCAUUCUCCACAUUUUUGACUGAAGAACAAACUUGGGUGCGAUCGCACGAAAUCAAGCCGACAAAUCGGAAAAAGCCAUAAAUUUUCAUUCCCCGCCUCCGUCGCGCGACUGCGACACGCAUCAGCUGAAGUAAAGGACGCAAAUAAAAUGAACGCAUAGACCUUGUUUUUUUGUUUUUUUUUUGAAAUGUCGUAUUUUUGUGCAAAAAAUGCCAAUUUUUAUGGUCAACCCUUAACUUGUGAUUCUUUUACUUUGUAGAAGCUUUUCAAGUCUCCUCUCUAGUCAUAAAAUUUCUGCACGAUUCUUUACGUGCAACUGUAUAUACAUCUGUUUUCGCUUCUCAGCUCGUUUUCUUCUUUCAUUUAUCUGCUUUUUCCGAGGCUGAUUUUGCUACUUUAUACUCUUCUAAAUUUUUACUUGCUUCUGUUGAUAUGUACUUUAAUUAUUGCUUUCGACACCUUUCUGAUCCACACUCAACUUCAUGCAUAUUUCGCUGACAAAAUCACGAGUCCGUCAUUAAUUUACUCAUUUUCGAAUUAGAAUCAGUGUCAACUUUAUCGUGUGAGACUAGUCAUGUUUAGAAGCUUCAUAGUCUACACAUUAUUCUACUAGAAUGUUAUUUUAUCAGAAAAUUUUUUUUGUAUCAACUAAGACAUACUAUGUUUUCGUUUGUUAUGAUUUGUCAGAUGUAUGAGCUAUACUUUGCUUUAAGCAAGAAUAAUAAAAGUUGGAAGAGGG